GUCCGCUGAUCGUCCUGACCGGCUUCGAUUUCGGAGGUUGAUGGAGACGCUCGUAGAAGCCGGGUCGGGACGGUGUCAUCUUUUGAGCUGGGUGGCUUGGCAUUGAAGAGGAUCUGGUACCAUUGGGUUUGUGUACUGUGCAAGUGCUGCUGCAGGGAGCUGAGAAGACAGCAUGUUCAAGCUAGGAAGCCAGGACAUGAGUCAGAACCCCAGUGAGGAGAUCCUAAGAGUUCAUUGCAUAAAGCUGUGACAAUGAAGACAGGAUUGCCCCUUGAGACCACAAAAUGAAUGCAGUGACCUAUGACGAUGUACAUGUGGACUUUAGUGAGGAAGAAUGGGCUUUGCUGGAUUCUUCCCAGAAGAAUCUAUACAAAGAUGUGAUGCUGGAGACCUACGGGAACCUCUCUGCUAUAGGCUACAGUUGGGAAGAUCAUAAUAGUCAACAAAAUUAUGAAAGUUCUACAAGACAUGGCAAGAAUGAAAGAAAUCAGACUGGAGAGAAACUCUCUGAAAACACUCAAUUUGCAUAUCACAAUCAUCUUCAAAUACAUAAAAGAAGACAUACUGGAGAGAAACCCUAUGAAUGUAAUCAAUGUGAUAAGGCCUUUGCAUAUUACAGUCAUUUCCGAAUACAUGAAAGAAUACAUACUGGUGAGAAACCUUACCAAUGUGAUCAAUGUGAUAAAGCCUUUUCACAACACAGUAAACUUGAAAUACAUAAAAAAACACAUACUGGAGAGAAACCUUAUAAAUGUAAUGAAUGUGAUAAAGCCUUUUCUAAACAUGAUAAUCUUCGAACUCAUAAAAGAACACAUACUGGAGAAAAACCCUAUGAAUGUAGUCAGUGUGAUAAAGCCUUUGCACAUCAAAAGAGUCUCCAAAUACAUAAAAGAAAACAUACUGGAGAGAAACCCUAUGAAUGUAAUGAGUGCACUAAAGCCUUUGUAUCUCAAAAGAGUCUCCAAUCACAUAAAAGAAAACAUUCUGGAGAGAAACCCUAUGAAUGUAAUGAGUGUGGUAAAGCCUUUGUAUGUCAAAAGAGUCUCCAAACACAUGAAAGAACUCAUACUGGAGAGAAACCUUAUGAAUGUAAUCAAUGUGGUAAAGCCUUUGUAUAUCACAGUAGUCUUCAAGUACAUAAAAAAAUACAUACUGGAGAGAAACCAUACAAAUGUAAUCAGUGUGAUAAAGCCUUUCCACAGUAUAGUUAUCUCCAAGUACAUAAACGAACACAUACUGGAGAGAAACCUUACAAAUGUAAUCAAUGUGAUAAAGCCUUUUCUAAACACGAUAAUCUUCGAACUCAUAAAAGAUCACAUACUGGAGAGAAACCUUAUGAGUGUAAUCAAUGUGGUAAAACCUUUGCAUACCACAGUAGUCUCCAAGAACAUAAAAGAGCACAUACUGGAGAGAAGCCCUAUGAAUGUAAUGAGUGUGGUAAAGCCUUUGUAUGUCAAAAGAGUCUCCAAACACAUAGAAGAACUCAUACUGGAGAGAAACCUUAUGAAUGUAAUCAGUGUGGUAAAGCCUUUGCACAUUACAGUAGUCUCCAAGAACAUAAAAGAACACAUACUGGAGAGAAACCAUACAAAUGUAAACAAUGUGAUAAAGCCUUUUCAAAAUACAGUAGUCUACAAAAGCAUAAAAGAACACACACUGGAGACAAACCCUACAAAUGUAAUCAAUGUGAUAAAGCCUUUUAAAAACAUGAUCAUCUUCAAACUCAUAACAGAACACAUACUCAAGAGAAACCUUAUGAAUGUAAUCAAUGUGGUAAAGCCUUUGCAUGUCUGAGGAGUCUACAGAGACAUAAAAAAACCAUAUUGGAUAGAAACCCUAUGAAUGAAAUUAGUGUGGUAAAGCCUUUGCAUAUCAAAGUAGUCUCUAAAUACAUAACAGAAGACAUGCUGGAUGAAACCCUACGAAUGUAGUUAGUGUGGUAAAGCCUUUGCAAAUAUCAGUAGUCUUCAAAACCAUAAGAAAAAAAUCAUACUGCUGAGAAACCCUAUAAAUGUAGUCAAUGUGGCAAAGGUUUGAAAUUCAUGUUAGUUUUUAUACUCAAGUAAAACUUUUAGUGUCUAAUUGGGCUGUUAAAACCUAUGCAUAUCACAUUAAUCUCUGGGAAUCUGAAAAAAAUGAAAUACCAAAUGAAAUCUGACUAUAAAGGAUUUUGUAAGAUCAUUGGCCAACCGAUGUACAUUCUGGCAAGUGUCAACUAUCUGUUCAGUCAUUAUGAUAUCUCUCUUAAUUUUGUUUGUACCUGCAAACUCACAUAGACAAUAGGCCUAUUAAUUUAAAUUAGAAAGUAAGUUUUAGAUUGCUUACCUCUCUCAAUCACAGGAAAGAAGAAAUCCAUAGAUAAAACUUUAUGGAUAUGCAUUAGUGCAUUUUCUGUUUCUGUAGUAAAACAUAAUUCCCAAGUCAACUUAUGAAAGAAUUUAAUUUGGCUCUUGGUUCCUGAGAGAUACUGAUCACUUUGAAUGUGGCAUGGCAACAAUUGUCAGACGUGGCAGCUAAAGCAAGAAGCUAAGAACUUAUAUCCUCAACCUGCACCAUGAAGCGGAGAGUAGGAACUGGAAAUGGUGUAUGGAUGAAAACUCUCAGACCCACCCCUAGUGACAUAUUUCCUAAGCAGAGCAGCAUUUCCGAAAUCUUCUGAAAUGAUGCCACCAAGUGAGAAGGAUUGAUUUCUCUGACUUGAAGCCUACAUGCUAGCUUUGUUAUAUGAACCACUUCAUGAUGAAAAAAAGCUCUAUAAGCCUUUAAAUGUCUCAAGACUUAUGUUACAAGAAUGAAUGCUUUCAAGAGAAAAGCAUUCUUGAGGGAAAAUUGGUUUAAGAUUUUAAUUUUGUGAUGUCAGUGUGUCUUUGUGUAGUUAUAUGCAUGUGCAUUCUGGUACCCAAGAAGGUUAGACCCUUGGAGCUUCUUGUAGCAUGGAUUAUGGGAAGCUGUCAAAAACCUGACUUUAGUCCUGGGAAUGAACUUGUCUUAGUUACUCAGCCAUGUCUCUAGUCCUUUAAAUAUUUUAAAAUCUUUUAAUAUCAUCUUGAUGCCAAAAAAAUAGGGAAAAACUCAUACAAGAGGAAUUCCUAUUCAUGUAUAAAUGAUUUUGUAAAGAACUUACUCAUCCUAGUUGUCUUCAGGUUCAAGAAAAAAAAAUUAUUUCAUAUUUUUUUCUUCAUAGCCUUGAAGGAAGAAAAUUACAUACAAUGUUCACUAAAGACUGAUGGUGGAGAUCAGUGCGUUGUGGUUUCUAUUUUGUAGUAUUUGAGAAAACAAGAUUAUCUUCCU